UGAUUAAAUUUUUUAUAAUAAUUUCUUCUGCUCCUCUAUCAUCUCAACAAGAAAUAAUAAUAAAUGUGGAAGUUGCCUAAUUGACAUUUCCUCAAAUUUACUCUGAAAUGAUUGAUACAGAUAUUUUCAUAGUGAUUAUAAAAUUAUUUACUAAUAAAUUCAUUAAUCAGUCAAUCAUAUCUCCAUUGAAAUUAUUCAUUUAUCAUCCAAAAAAAUUUUUAGUUUGUGAUAAAUUUCAGCAGUAUUCUCCCCAACAGCUGUUCCAGAUCACAAAUAAAAACAUAUAGCUCUGUUUGUAAUUCAGUCUGUUCUACCAAGACCAUUAAUGAAAGUGAAAGUAGUUCUCAAAAAGCAAGAUGCUGGAUGGUAUGUUAUUCAAUAUCAAUGAUGGCUAUUUGGAAGGAAUUUGUCGUGGUUUUAAAGGCACAAUUCUAAAGCAAAGUGAUUAUGCAACUCUGGUGCAGUGUGAAACUCUCGGCGACCUGAGGCUGCAUCUGCAAGCAACCAGCUAUCGGAGUCUGCUCUCGUCAACUGAUGAAGGGCACGAGAAGAACGAGCUGACCGUAGCUAGCUUGGACGCUCAGCUGCGUGAUAAGCUGGCGGCAGAAUUCAGCUACAUGCGUCGGCAGUCUGUGAAGCCCCUCUCAGAGUUCCUCGACUUUGUGCGCUAUGCCUACAUGAUCGACAACACCAUUCUGCUAAUGACAGGCACUCUCCAUCAGCGGCCUGUUGACGAGGUGGCAGCCCGUUGUCACCCGCUCGGCCGCUUCCAGCAAAUGGAGGCAGUACACGUGGCGUUGACUCCUCGCGAGCUCUACAACGCGGUGAUUGUGGACACGCCCCUCGCACCCUUCUUCCUCGACUGCAUCACAGAGCACAGUCUCAACGAGGUCAACGUCGAACUCAUACGUAACAUGCUCUACAAGGCGUAUUUGGAGAGCUUCGACAAGUUCUGCAAGAAUCUGGGUGGCAUCACAGCUGAGACGAUGUCUGAGAUACUAGCGUUCGAGUGUGACAGACGUGCCUUCAUGAUCACCAUCAACUCGUUCCGCACCGAACUGACCAAGAGUGAGCGCGCCAGUCUGUUCCCACGCUGCGGCCUGCUGCAUCCCACCGGACUGGCUGCUCUGGCUGCGGCUGACAACUAUGAACAGGUCCAGAUGGUGGCCGCAAACUAUUCAGCGUACCACCCGCUGUUCUUCAACGCCGGGGAGGGGCCGGGGGAGCGAACCCUGGAGGAUCGCUUCUUCGAGAAGGAAGCGCGAAUGAACAGUGCAGCCUUUCUGAGACAAUUUCACUACGGUGUCUUCUACUCUUAUCUGAAGCUGAGAGAGCAGGAGUGUCGUAACAUUGUCUGGAUUGCCGAGUGCAUAUCACAAAACCAGAGAGCUUUCAUUGAGAAUUAUAUUAGAGUUGGAGCGCUUUAGUCGAAAAUUUGUACAGUAAAGACUUUUUUCUGAAUCAUCAUAAUGUUGAUGACACUAUAGGACUAUAACUCUCAACUUAUACUACUCUUACUUUGAUGAUAUAACUACUUGAAUACGUUUUGAUGAUAUUAUGUGUUUAUAUCCUGCUCAAUCACCUAAUGUUGAUGACACUAUAUCCUGAUUCUCAACUCAUGUUGAGAAAAAUGAUAUCCAAUUAUUAAGAAUGUAAAACUCCUAUGUUGAUCAUAUUAUAACUACUUGAAUACUUCUUGAUGAUAUUAUGUGUUUAUAUCCUACUCAAUCACCUAAUGUUGAUGACACUAUAUCCUGAUUCUCAACUCAUGUUGAGAAAAAUGAUGUCCAACUAUUAAGAAUGUGAAACUCCCAUUUUGAUUAUAUUAUAACUACUUGAAUAUU